GUAGUGUGGUGUAGUGUAGGGAACCUUAUUGCAGCCUCGCGUAGGACUUGCGGCACAUCAUCUUCUCCUGAUUGUACUUCCUCGCAAGAGCCAUCAGCGAAGGAUCGAUGAUUCCUCCACGAAGUCUCAGCACAAGAUGUAGGCUCGCAUGUAGUGAUGUUGACACGGGGACGUACGAGGGGUCGAGUCGGGUGAAAGGCCUUGCAAGCGAGCGGGGGCCAAGGUCCCACUUGCACGGAUUAAGAGAUUCUGUCCGUUGAUCUUUGCUAUCUACGGUCAAUAUCGCUUAAUUCGUGUAAGUUGGACCUACAGUAGCCCCGGAUUGGUCGACGGUGGAUGAGGGAAGCGGGAAGCAGCAGUAAAAGGUGUGUUAGUGUCACAGCUGCGAACGACAACAGGACGCGGUAAAGGAAUUUUUGGCCCGUGGAGCUCAUAGGAAAAAAAAAAAAAAAAAAAAAAAAAAAAAAAAGGAUUCCGAAUCGCGGAGGCGGGACAGGAAUGGUGGUGACGUGUGGUGGAGUGUCUGAUUUCCGCGAAAUCAAGAGAGAGCUUCACAGUCUCAGAGAUUGAUUGCUGGAGAUUGAUUGCUGAUCGUAGAGUCUAGGAGUAUGUCAACGGUCAGGCGACGGUGGUUUUGUCUGUGGAAACUCUUAUUACAGUAGAUCCCUGCGGAGAGAGAGAUAGGCCSGGKGGGGKGGGKGGGGUGKGGWGRGGSGRGGSGRGGSGGGGSGAGAGRGGGGGGGGAGGGAGGUUGGGAAGGAGCCGACAGUUAUGCGGCUUAUUGACGAGGGAGAAGAUAGCGGCCAUGGCUUUGAGAGAAUCGAAAAAGAUGGAUCCCGAAACGGAACUUCGAUUGGCGGCGGAGAUUGCUGAGGAGGCGAAGAGGCUGAAAGCGAAGGCGGAGGAGAUUGGAAUUAGUGCGUACCUUCAGGACGAUGCGGUGAUAUUCAAGAAGGCGGCCAUAGCCGCCUUGGCGCAGAGAGAUGAUCCACUUGCAGCUAUCAGAAGCAGGUCGGGGAUGGGACGCCGACGGCCUAAUGAGAACUUCCUCCGCGCUACGCUGCGUAGCGUUGAACAAAUGAAUAAGAUGACAGACAUGAAUGAGAUGUGGAGGCGGCGGGAGACAGAGAUUGGGAGUGGGGCUCAGGCAAGGGACAGUAAGAGCAGAGGCACUGAACAUCCACACGGUAAUUCAGCAAAAAGACGUGAGAGAAGAGGUGAUGAUGGCCUGGGUAAUCACAGAGACAGGUUUGGACGACAUCAGAGCUGCAGGUGUUGUGGUCAAUCAUCGGCUAGAGAAGAGGAGGAGGAGGAGGAGGAGGAGGAGGAGGAGGAGGAGGAGGAGGAGGAGGAGAAAGGAUAUGCCUCCUUCCGAGACGACUACUUGUCUCCUGGAAAUGGUGUGGUUUCUAGAGGCAAGGAAGAAAUGUUUGCAGGCAAGAUUGAAGGACAUGGUUUGUUCAGAUGGCCGUCAAAAUUGAGCAAUAGUUGCCAUGGAUAUGACUGCCAAGAGUUUGAUCAUAGUGAUGGGUAUGAGGGCAGAUGCAGUAGAGAUGUGCGCCACACAGAGGCGAGGAGGCAAAGACACCUUAUGGAGGACAGAUUUGCCCAUGGUAGCUAUUCCAGAACCAGGAAGAUUGAGAGUCAAAGCUACAAUGACAGGCCUGUGCUGUUGAGAGCACAACUUGCUGACAGCGAUCGGCAGGGGAGAUUUGACCAUGGCAGCAAUGUCAAAACCAGGAAGAAUGAGUGUCAAAGCUACCACGAAAGGCCUGUACUCUGGAGUGCAGAAAUGAAUGAAAGGGAUGGGAAACGUUCGGAAUGUGGUAGGGAAUGUGGUAGGAAGUGCGGUAGGGAAUGUGGUAGGGAAUGUGGUGAAAGAAAGAAGAGAGAGAGGAAAGAAGGGAGACAUAUGAAUCAAGAUGUGUGUGAACGUCCAUGGAUAAGAUGUUCCUCUCCCCGAAAUGACGACCUAUCUCCUCGAGAUGGUGUGUGUUCGAGAGGCAGGGAUGAAAUGUUGAUUGGCAAGCCGGAAGGACAUAGCACAGCGAGAUGUGGGUCAAGAGGUUGUGACAUCUGCCAUGAAUAUGAUUGCCCAGAACCCGAUCAUUGUGCUGGGUACGAGGACGGGUGCAGCAGAAGACGGCGCUACACGGAAGGUAAGAGACGAAAACAUCUUACGGAGGAGAGAUAUGACCGUGACCGCAAUGCCAAGGACAGAGAGAUGGAGAGUCUAAGCUACCAUCUCAGGCCCGUGCUGUGGAGGGCACAACUCACUGAGAGAGAUGGGAAAUGUCGGGAAUGUGGUAGGAAAUUUGGCGAGGGGAAGAAGAGGGAGAGGAAAAGGAGGAGCAUGACCCAAGAUGAGUGUGUACAGCAUGCGACACAAAUGGAUUGUCACGCUGCCCUGCAAAAGACUCCAACUGAGGAUGAUGAUGUCGCCAGAUUGAGGCAUCACGAUGCAGAAUACUCUCGGAGAGGGAUACAGCAUCCUAAAGAGCUUCUGGAAAGCUACAGUGAACAGGGAUUUUUAUCAGAAAAGGAUGAAUCACAUGAAUCAUUGGGACGCCGAAGCAGAGUGCUCAGAUGCGAAAGGCCGCUGCUAGAGGAGAGUGGGGAUGGCGGUCUGGAUGAUAAGGAGGUGGAAGAGUUCUUAAGAGCCAGAGCAAAACGAGGGCGGGGUGAGGUUGGCUCCCGCAUGAACGAGGCAGGGUCUAAUCUACCGUCAGCGAAGUGUACCAACGUUCCAAGGAGCAGUGGUUUCUUAAGUCGCCUGCCUUUCGACCGCGAAGACAAAUGGAUGGACUGCACUGCGGACCGGCAAGUCGAGACGAGGAGCGAGGCAAAAUGGAUCAGGGGAAUGGAUGUGUCGGACAGUUUGUGUACAGACGAAGUGUUCUGUAGAGAAUGGGAGGUGGAGAAGGGGAGGCAGCCAGACCCUUGGUUCUGUGGAGGAGGUCGUCCAAAUGGCAGUAGCGAUAACGAUCACAAAAACUGUGAAGAAGAUACGUCGGACAGCAACUCUGAGAAGAGGGGGAAGAGGAAGAGUAGGCAGAAGAGCGAAAGGUUGAAGGAAGAGAAAGAGAGGAGAACGAAGAAGGUAAAGACAAAGAAGAGGAGGAAAGGAGAAGGCGACAACAAGAGGAGAGGGGAGAGUGCAAAAGGGACAGUAGAUGUCCGUGCUUAUGUGGAUUGUCCAAAUGCCAUCCUCGUCCGCAGCGCCAUUGCUCGAUUGCAGGUUGAUACGCUGGACCUCCGGUCACAUUUGUCGCUAAUAUUUUCCAUCACAGACGAGCAGUGCCCCAAGGCAACAGCCGGUGCUGCACCAGCAACAGCCAGAGAGUGCACUGACACUGCAGCCUGACUUGGAGGCAGGCCGAGGGACUCACCCUCUUUCCCCGGAGUGGCAACAGCUUCUAAACGCUCUUGGACACACGCACUCUGAAUCUGCCUGACCGAAGCGAGAUCACAUGACCAGUGGACGUGCCAGCCUUUGCAGCUGCGUGCUCACGUCCGUUCUUAUGUGAUGACUCUGCAGAUGUACGCUUAGGCGUGCGAUCAGCUCUCCCUGUGCGGGCAGCACUUCGAUGGUAUAAUCCACAUGCAGGUCUCUGUCUUGACGCUCCAGAUGACUAUGUCCUCCACUCGUCCGACCCGUCUUAUCAUUGUCUUUCCUGGAUGUAGAGGAGGAAUCAAAACAAUGACCAUUC